UCGCACGGCGAAGAAAUCCCCGAUCAGUUUCUCUGCUGCAUAGAAGGAAAAACCUUGUUCGUGUGUGGAUGUUAUAGAAAAUUAAUCUUAGAAAAAUUGGCAUAGAUACAAUUACGAUGCUGUUGCUUAAUUAACUCGAAUACAAUUUGAAUUAUUUGAAUUUCCUCGAUAGAAAGAGCCAUCAAUCACAAUGGAAGUGAAUGAUUUCAUGGACUUAAAUACUACGGAGCUGUUUGUCGAUUCAGACGAAUCCAUCGAUAAAAAUGUGGAGGACAACAACAGCGAAACACUGAUCUUAGAUAGUGAAGAUGACAACUUUGCGACAACAUUCUCUUCGGAUAGUGAACGUAGUGGAAAUGGAAUUGAAGAUUGUAGUGCAGCCGAUGCCGAAGAGGCUACUGGCGAUGUGAUCAUUGGAACCAAACCAACAAUUACAAUCGAAGAAGGAAGAUUUUCAAAUUCUACAAGCGUACCAACAGCGGUCAUAACACCAGCUAUACCAUCCGGUUUGUCAAUAAUUCAAAAAUGUACAAAAACACAGUCAACAUCCGACAUUAUUGGAUUGAGAAAGCAAACGGUGACGGAUAAUGUACAAACGAUAAUCAGACCGACAUCGGUCAUAUCGAAAACAAUUGCUAUGCAGGAUGCCAACUUGAAUUCAGAAAUGCCAUCUGCAAAUGUAUCAACGACGUCUUCCAAUGAAACAUCUUUGGUUUCGUUGCGACCACAAGCCUCUCAGAAACUGUCGUCAAUCGUGAACAAAGGACAGUUAAAUUCCAUGGCAAAAUAUACGAAACUUCACACGGCACUGAUUGGUACAGUGACCGAAUCGAAUACUAUUUCCGCACCUACAAAAUUAGUAAAGAUUGCACCGGCAAAUGUAUCAUUGUCAACGACCAACUCCGUUUCGGAACUGAAAACCUCUCCAGUGAUUUUCGUUCAGGCGCCCGCCCCAAAAUUGGGUCAAAAAUUUACGUCGUUGAAGAUCCUUCAAAAAUGUCCGUCACCAGGAUCCAUUGUAAAGCAAAAAAUUUUGAAUUUGAAUGAGAUGCGUAAACUGGGUUCGGGUGCUUCAUUGAAACUAUUGAAUACUGCUGCACCGAACAGCACAAUAUCGUCAGCUGAGACAAACUUAAGCUACCUACAGUCAACGUCAUCAUUGAUUGUGCUUAAGCCACCAAUACCGUCAACCUCGAUAGCUGGAAGCCAAGCAUCUACAACCAUUCAGUUGAAGCCCCAGCAGCUUUACCAAACGAUGUCAUCGUCCACUAAGCCAGCAACGAUCUCAUUCGUCACAGCACCAAAACCGGCACCGAUUGCUAUUGGUACAAAAUUGAUUCCGAGCAAGAUAUUAACAGUCAAACCAGGCACAGUCGAUUCAACUAUACAACAUCAUUUGCCUGCCGGUCUUACCAAAAUACCGAAAGAAACGAUUGUCAAUAAAAUUGCGACCAAAGACGCAAAUACCAUCGAUGUUGUGCGGAUGCUGAAGUCUAAGCAAACCGAAAAAUCCGUUGAGCCGACAGUUACUAUUGGCCAGAAACAAAUGGCAAACAAACCGGCAUCAGAAUUUCAAUCGCUGACGAAUUUCUUAUCUUCCAAUGAUAAGCCGAAAAGUCUUCUUAGUAGCUCGAGUAAACAUGGCGAACACCUCACGACUCUUGAAACUUCGAACGGAAAAAUGAUGGGGAAACUGGACGAAACAAGAGCUGAAUCGAUAACUAUAUCAAAUGGAAAGCUGUCAAAUCCGCACGGUUCAAUAAAAGUUUUGAAAUCUGUCAGUGAAAUCGAUGCAGAGACGGUGGAUGGUGCAAAAUCACCUAAUGUUGGUGCGAAUGACGGAAACUGCAUCGACAAGAAAUUGGAACAGUUGAACACAAGCCCAAGACUUCUGGGACGAUCGAAAUCAUUGACAAUUGAGAAACAUCAAUCGAAGGUCAGACGACGCUAUCCAUCAUCCGGUAAUACCAUACCCACUCGAGUGGAAAACGAGAAUGAUGCUUCGAAUGAAGUAUGGCAGAGUAGAGAUAAAACAGCCAAGCCAGAUUCAAUAGAAGAGAUUGAAGAGCUGACAGAGGAAAAAGUUAUUGAAGAGACACUCGGCACUGAACGGAUAAAAACUGUUGGAGAUUCUUUGGAGUGUGAUGAAAAAAUCGACGAUUCCGACAAGAGCAAAAGUGUAAGUCCGGAUGUCCUGUUGGGAAAUGUUCGACAAAUUCCUACUACUACUACCACCACCACUAUUGCUGUUUCUGCCGCAAAUCCAUUACCAAGUAGCGUAUCUUCUUCAUCGCAUGUUGAUCAAAAGAUAGAUGAUCCAUUGACGUACAUAAAAUGGAGGAAUGGCGUCGGUUUCCUACGAUACAGCAAUUUGACUUUCAGCAAAAACGAAUUCAAUUUGCUGGAGGUACUAGAAGUUAAAGAGUCUAAUAAAUGUCAAAAAAACGUAAAAAUGCCGUCGCUCAAGGCAAAUGAAUCAUCGACGGAACAAAUUAUUGACUUAGUGGAUAGGAGAGCGGAUGUUGGCGAUAAAAGUGGAACAAUCGGCCGAAAGAAGAUUGAAUCGAAACUGCGAUUCAAACGGGCCGGCAUGAAUUUGCUACAAAAUGUCUUUGUGUGGGAGCUGUACCUGCGUUUGACGGACACUCAAGCAGCACCAGAUAGUCUAUUCAUCAAUCCAUUUCCAAGUUCGCCAAAUCCGUUCGAAGUUGGCAUGAAAAUGGAAGCCAUUGAUCCGGAGCAUUGUUCACUGUUUUGUGUGUGUACAGUCGUUGAAAAAUUGGGAUAUCGGAUUAGAUUGUCAUUCGAUGGUUACGGUGACAAGUUCAGUUUUUGGCGUAAUGCCGAUUCGAUGGAAAUAUUCCCUGCUGGUUGGUGUGCCAAAAAUGGGCGAACACUACAACCGCCGCUUAGAUAUGCUAGUGAGUCGUUCGAUUGGCAUCGAUACCUGCUGAAGACUAAUGCUAAAUUCGCACCAAGAUCGAAUUUCACACAUCUCAAUUCUAUGACAACUCGCAAUCCAUUCAAAUGUGGCAUGAAAUUUGAAGCUGAUCAUUUGAAGUUGGGCCGUGGAAAAGUUGGUGUUGCAACAGUAGGUGACGUUCUUGACAAUCGAAUUCUGGUGCAGUUCGACGGAUUCGAUUCAACGCAUGACUACUGGGCCGAUAUCACAUCACCAAAUAUUCAUCCGUACAAUUGGCACAAAAGUAACAACCAUCGGCUUAUCGUAGCCAAAGAAUACGAAAGGAAUUUCUCAUGGCACCAUUACCUAGCGGCCUCAAUGUCACAACCGGUUCCGAGAGAAUACUUCUGUCGCAGGCCUCCUAUCGGUUUUCGCGAAGGAAUGAAAUUGGAAAUUGUCGAUAAAAAAGUGCCAACGUUGAUUCGUCCAUGUACAGUUAUUCGAGUGGCUGAUUACCACAUUCAAGUAUUAUUCGACGGGUGGCCAGCAACGUAUUCAUAUUGGAUUGAGGAUGAUCACCCGGAUAUUCAUCCCAUCAACUGGUGUUUGAAAACCGAACAUCCACUCGAACCUCCAUUAGGUUUUAAUGAAGUCGACGAGUUCAGGAGUUCACAAUGUGGUGUAUUGGGCUGUCGAGAACUGGGCAACGCUAAACAUUUCGGCGUCGGUUUCCACUACACAAUAUUCGAAUGUCCAUAUGAAUCUAGGAAUUGGUUGAUGGCCGACAUCAAGCCUGACCGACUCUUUGAAGCCAAAACACAAAAAGUACGAAAACGUCGAGCGAAGCCAAUCACGUCUGGAACGGAAUCAUAUCAAAGAAUCAAAUUGGACCUACCAUCAUCCGAGGAAAAUAGCCUACUGAAUGCACCAUCGGUCGAAUGGAAUGUACAGCCAACCAGAAUUAAAAAUGAAGAAAUCGAAAUCGGCGAAACGAAGCUACAGACGAGCGUGCCAGUCGUAAAACCGGAACACUCGGACAAUAAAAUACCGAAGCAUAUUCAAGUAACGGAACCAAUACUGCGUGACUACGGUCCAGCCCUAAUGCACAUCCACAAGCUGUGGACGCAAAACUCGAAAGCGGUCAACAUUCGUCACAUCGCCAAAAACCCGAUGUGCUGGACGGUGGAAGAGGUUGCCGACUAUGUGUCACGGCUGCCUAAUUGUACGAAACUAGGGAAACUAUUCCGUGAGCAUGAGAUCGACGGUGAUUCGUUUCUGAAAUUGUGUCAAAAUGAUCUGGUUGAUGUGUUGGAAAUUCGUAUGGGACCGGCUGUUAAGGUUUACAAUCAGAUCGUCGCGUUGCGGUCAGAAGUGUGCGAGAAUUAUAUGGAAUCGGAUUAAUGUGUACAAAGUAAGAUGUUAAUAUUGUUUCUUUUAAGAGGGGUUCGGGUGAGGGGAUGAGAAUAAUUACAUUAUUUAAGUGCGUCGUCUACAUGAUACGGCAACAAGAGAACACCAGGUUUUCGAUUGUGUUUGUAACAAUAAGAACGUAAUCUUUGUCGAAUUAUAAUAAGUAAAAUUUC